AUGUCAAUGCACACCGUAGCAUCCGAAUACUGUGCAUCCACCAAGGUCCACCUCGUCCGGACGGGCCUGGGUGAAAAGAGAUUGAAGACAAAGAACAAGCAGCGGCUGAAAGUGGGUAAUGCGAAAGGUGUUGAUCAGAGAAAUUUGGAGGACGUUGGUAAUCUCGCUACCAGUGAAUUCGCAACCCAACUUGGCUGCUCCAUCGAAGAAGAUAAUGAAGCUAGCGUUAUCGCAAAACACAUCGACUCGCUCUUGGCCAGUCAGGAAAACGUUAAGCUAGAAAUGAGAAAGAGAUGGAAAGAAAGAGUAAAAAUGGCUUUUGAACCUUCUCAAGCAACAAAUCCCGGCGAAAUAUAUCGCGGGGUUAUCAAGGGAAAGUUGAGCAAUGUAGUACAUGCAUCACAACCCUUAUUGAGGGAAAUCUUCCAACUUCUACAAACAGGGGCAAGCUCAACAGGAAGACUCUCCGAAGUCGAAUCGAAUCGGUUGACCGCGAAAAGCUCCGCGCUUGCGUUCCAAAUCUUCGAAGCCCAAUUGCAGCUCUCAAAUUGCCAAAAUCAUUUGGCUCUUGACGAAUUGCGCAAUCAAACUUACGACGGACUGAAGUUCUUGUGGAACUCGAAUCCAGACCUGGUUGUACUUCAACUUGAGCGAUGUGCCACCGUCAACCCUGGACUGAACAAAUAUGAACUACACCGGAGAAUUGUAACAUUAACAACCCAGAUAAGUCAGAAGACUAUUGUAGAGAACUGGAUGUUGAUCAAGAAAGGUUUGAUUGAAAGACACAAGAUCAAGACCAGUUUCCUGAAUGAAUUGGAAAAAUACUACCUAUUGAACGAAGAGUUUCCGGAUGAAUUUGCGUGGUCGGAGAUGUGUUUCUUCGGCAAAGAACCAAAUCCUAAGGCAUUAAGAAAGAUUGGAGAAACCCCCUCGCACCUCUAUCACUUGAUCAUCGGCCAAUUUGAAUUUCAUAGGAGGCAAAGGGGAAAUAAACAGAUUUUGCUCACUAAGCCCCAGUGGAAUUUGUCGUCUGAUAUUUACGAAAACCUACGGAAAGCAGAAAGAUCAAACGGAGUGAAUGUUUGGAAUAUAUCUCAUUUAAUUGUAUUUCUUGGUUUGGGCGAAAGCAAACAAUUUGAGCUUUGUCACAAAGAUGAAGUUAGGAAUCACGUUCAGUUGCUUGAUUCAAUCAUUUGUUUGUCGCCCUGGUAUAAAGAAAUCCCUUGGUUUGAAUCUGCUGACAGGGCCUGGUUGAGGGACACAUUCAAAGAGGAAUAUGAUCAGCAAAUGAACAGGUUACUGGAUGCCGCUAAAAAAGUCACAGAGAAUGAGCAGCUGUCGGCCCACUCCAAUCGGGUUCCAGAAGUUUUAUCAGGAGGAAACAUUGCAGAUGGAGUGAUUGCAAUUCUUCUCGCGGGAAAGGCGGAAGCAAAGUUGAAGGUCACUGAUCAAGGUCUUGAUGCAAGAAUCCUGGCUUUGAUCAAGCUCCUGCAAGACCACAACACCCACACGGAUGGCGGUACGGAUUGGGAAUCAGUCUGGAAAUCUUUGCCUUCAGAACUGGAACUCACUAGGGAACAAAGAAAGUUUGCCGCAACAUGGCUCCAAGAAAAUUGGGCCCCUGGGAGCACAUCUGUUGACAGGAAUUGA